AUGACCCUGUCCGGGGAAUACGAAGUAACCCAGCAAGCCGCCGUUUCUCCAGAGGAGGAUGAGAUAGACAUCGUCGGAGGUGACUCCUCAGACCACCAAAACUCAAACUAUUUCAUAUCAUGUCGAGAACGAGUCGAGAUGGGUUCGUCUGCUGAAUCCAGUGCAGAACUGGAUGGCUCUGAGUUCGACUCCUCCGGAGAGAGCGAGAACAGUUUUUGUGCAGAAGUACCUUCAGCUACCAGACAGCAGAACGGCACGGUCAAACCUCCAUACUCUUACAUCGCACUGAUCACCAUGGCCAUACUACAGAGCCCAAUGAAGAAACUGACCUUGAGCGGCAUCUGCGACUUCAUUAGCAACAAAUUCCCUUAUUACAAGGAGAAGUUUCCGGCAUGGCAAAACUCCAUCAGGCAUAACUUAUCACUUAAUGACUGUUUCAUUAAGAUACCAAGAGAACCUGGCAAUCCAGGCAAAGGAAACUAUUGGUCUCUUGACCCGGCUUCCGAAGAUAUGUUCGAUAACGGCAGUUUCCUUCGAAGAAGAAAGAGGUUUAAAAGAAGCCAACCAGAAUUUGUAAAGGACGGACUCGUGCUGUACCCAAAUUUCAGCUGUUACCGUCCCUAUGGGCAACCUUACUGUGUUCCGGGUCAAGUGACGUCGCAGAUCAGCCGUAUUGGAUAUACGCCAGUCCAGGAGGCCAUCAGUGUACCACCCGCUUACUUUUCAUAUCAAAACAUUUGCGGUGUGAAAGUCCUCGAGUCCAAAGAAUUGCCCGGACAGUCGUUCGUUGCGCCAGCCGAACAAAGGCCAGAGCGCGAGACGCCGAAGUGUUCCUUCAGUAUAGACAGUAUUAUGAGCAAAUCUACCUCUAACUUAAACAAAAACUUUGACCACCAAACUUCAGUUGGGUAUAGCCAUUUCUUCCCAAGGGCCACGUCUUGUGUGAUACCAGCUGUACUACCUGUUGCAGCUACACCAUUUGGUGCAGCGUCUUUGCUGAAGGCCUUGCCGCUGCCCGAGAGUCUUCAAAUGGCGCACCCACGUUGCUGA